AUGAGUGCGACAACGACGGUAACGGAGACGGCCUCUUCCGCCUCCAACAUCCUCCGCCUCUUCCCCGAGAUCAACACUUCUCUCGCCUCGCAGACCCAAUCCUCCGCAACUCAAGAUGCCGACCUGGCUGGUUACGACGAGGAGCAGAUCCGGCUGAUGGACGAAGUCUGCAUUGUUCUGGACGAGAACGAUGCGCCGAUUGGUAGCGCCAGCAAGAAAGUCUGCCAUCUCAUGGAGAACAUCAACAAGGGUCUUCUUCACCGUGCAUUCUCCGUCUUCCUCUUCGAUUCGAACAAUCGCCUACUCUUGCAACAACGCGCGUCUGAGAAGAUCACAUUCCCCGAUCUGUGGACCAACACCUGCUGCUCGCAUCCAUUGGGUAUCCCGGGCGAGACGGGCGCAACCCUGGAUGCGGCUAUCAUGGGCGUGAAGCGAGCAGCGCAGAGGAAGCUGGAUCAAGAGCUGGGCAUCAAGAAAGAGCAGGUGCCGAUUGAGAAUUUUGACUUCUUGACCCGGAUACACUAUCUCGCUCCUAGUGACGGCAAGUGGGGUGAGCAUGAGAUCGACUACAUUCUCUUCAUCAAGGCAGAUGUUGAUCUGAAUGUCAACCCCAACGAGGUCCGAGCCACGAAAUACGUCUCGGCGGAUGAGUUGAAGGAGCAGUUCAAGGAUCCAGAGUUGAAGUUCACGCCGUGGUUCAAGCUGAUAUGUCAGAGUAUGCUGUUCGAAUGGUGGGAGCAUCUGGACAGUGGAUUGGACAAGUACAAGGGCGAGACUAAAUUGAGGCGGAUGCUGUAG